AUGACGAUUCAAGCCUCCAAGUUUACCCCAGAGGUUCUGCUCUCUGCCCCGCGCAGGUCUCCGGGCAUUCCUAACCCAUCUGGCACGAAAGUGCUCUAUACUGUCUCGACCUACUCGUUCGAAAGCCACAGCAAGACCUCCCAAACGCGUGUUCUUGACGUUGAGAGUGGUCAUUCAAGCCUCCUUUACGAGGAAGCAUCCUACAGUGACGUGACAUGGAUUUCGGACGAGGAGAUCCUGAUACUGCGAAGCGGUGACAAGGGGGCUACGACCCUUCUGCUGGGAGAUGUUACGAAGCCGUCUACAGUUACCGAGAUCCGCCACUUUGAGGGCAGCUUGUCAAGCCUGAAAGCCAAGCGACUAUCCGACGAUGAAGUCGCCAUUGCCGUCGCCGUCUUGACAACCCCGGAGGGUGCCAUGUACAACCCGGUAGCCGAGAAGAAGCAGUUGACGACCGGCAAGGUGUACUCGAGCCUGUUUGUAAGACACUGGGAUGCCUGGGUGUCUGAAAACCAGAACUCCAUCUGGUAUGGUCUUCUGAAGAAGAACGACAAGUCGUACAAGUUCGAGGGUCAGGGUUUGACCAAUGCCCUCGAGGUCUCGCGGCUGGUGUCUCCGGUCCCCCCUUUUGGUGGCAGCGGCGAUUUUGAUAUCGGAAAGCACGGCAUCGUCUUUGUCGCGCGCGACCCCAAUAUCUCCCCGGCCAUUUACACAAAAACAGACCUCUACUUCCUGCCUUUGAAGUCCUUUGCCGAGGACAAGCCGGGAUUGCCUCAAAUUGUCAAGACUAGCAAGCUCCGUGGUUACUCGGCGGCACCCGUCUUCUCCAGGGACGGCAAGAAGGUCGCCUUUACCCGGAUGAAGAGCGAUCAGUACGAGACUGACAAGCCAAGGCUGCUGCUCGUUCCCGACGUCUUCGACCUGGCAAGCGUACAAGAGUUCUACCAGACAGACGACGGCGCCGGCGGCUGGGACGCGCGGCCCGAAUGGAUCACCUGGAGCAAGGACGAUUCGGAGCUGUACGUAUCGGCGGAAGAGCACGGGCGUGCUAAGCUCUGGAAGCUGCCGGCGACUCCGCACGAGGCGAAAGACCUUCCCGCAGCAAUCUACGAGGAGGGUUCUGUUGUCGAGGCGAAGCUAUUGGGAGAUGAUGGAGAGAAGCUCUUCAUCAGCACGUCAUCUAGGGUCGAGAACUCGGCUUACUCCGUUCUGGAUCCCGUCAGUCAAAAGACCGAUCUCGUAUCCUCGAGCUCCAAGCACGGAAAGUCGUUCGGUCUGUCCAAGUCUCAGUGUGACGAGUUCUGGUACAAGGGAGCCGAGGGAUACGACGUUCACGCCCUCGUGGUGAAGCCGUCCAACUUUGACGAGAACAAAAAGUACCCGCUCGCGUUCCUCAUUCACGGAGGCCCUCAGGCCGCGUGGAUGGAUAGCUGGAGCACGCGAUGGAACCCUGCCAUCUUUGCGGAGCAGGGUUAUAUCGCAGUCAUGCCCAACCCGACGGGAAGCACCGGCUACGGACAGCAGCACACCGACAAUAUUCAGAAUGAGUGGGGUGGUCGCCCGUACGUGGACUUGGUGAAGUGUUUCGACCACAUCGAGAAGAAUAUUUCGUACAUUGAUUGUGGCAACGCUGUUGCUUUAGGUGCUUCGUACGGAGGAUACAUGAUCAACUGGAUUCAGGGUCAUGAGCUCGGAAGAAAGUUCAAGGCAUUGGUCUGCCACGACGGUGUAUUUUCAACACUGAACCAGUGGUCUACCGAGGAACUCUUCUUCCCUCUGCAUGACUUUGGCGGUCCUCUUUGGGAGAACCGAGAGGGCUACGAGAAGUGGGAUCCCGCCCAUCAUCUCGACCAGUGGUCGACGCCACAACUGGUCAUCCACAACGAGCUAGACUACAGACUUCCCAUUUCUGAGGGCCUCGCCAUGUUCAAUGUUCUGCAGGCGCGCGGCGUGCCUAGCAAGUUGUUGAUGUUCCCCGACGAGAACCAUUGGGUUCUGAAGCCUGAAAACUCUCUUGUCUGGCACAGAGAGGUUUUGGGAUGGAUCAACAAGUACACAGGCCUCGACAAGUCUGAGGAUGUGGCUAUUAGGCAGUAA